UUACCGAAAGGGAUCAUCAAUAUUUCUAGUUAUUAUUAUAUAAAAUGAACUUCCAAUUGUAUAUCUUUAUGCUUUUCUCUGUUUUUUCAUCCAUCAGUUCAGCUGAAAUUUUACCUGGAUUCGGUGCAUACAAUGGAACAAUACGAUUGACAGAGUUUUCUUUGUUUUUCUCGGAACAUUUUGAAAAAAGCGAUUACCAUUUUUCAUUCAAGUCGAGGCUUCCCCAUUGGAUCGGUUAUAAACUUCUGGACCAACAAAUAGUAAUUCGAACUUUUCCAACGGAAAGCAAUGAUUUCAAGGAAAACACUGAUUAUACAAAGAAUAUCAGUUUGGAAAUGGAAACUUCUUGUGGUUCUUCAAAAUCAGCAUUUGAUAAAACAGAUGUUGUUACAUUGACUUUGAUGGAGAAACAAAAUAAUAAUUCAGUUUUAGUUAAAACAAUUCAAGUUGAUCCAUUAUCAGUCGACUUUUACAGUCCUAAACUAUCGAGAAAACAGUUCAAGAUGUUAGCUGAAGAUGAAAUAAAGAAGAGAAAAGAGUUUUGUGAUUUUAUGUGCAAAAUACAUAGAGGAUAUACAUUUGAAGGACCAGAUUUGCUUAAAGUUUGUCCAAAUAGCUGUCAGACAUGUCCUGCAAAGAUUGAAGAUGAAACUUUUGAUGAAAUGGAAAAGUUUGUUAAGAUCGUGAAAUAUCUUGAACUGUUUAAGUAUAGAUCAGAAACCUGUAACAUUUGGUACAGCAAUAGCGAUCGACCUACUGGUAUCGUUGAACUGGAUAAGAAAACUGUUUCAUCGUUCCCAAAACUCAACUCUCGUCACUAUUUUGUUGCUUCUUUCGUUGAUACUAAAAGCCAAAAGAAUGCAACUAUUGUAUUGAAAGAUUAUAAAAUAAUCUGAAUUCAGUGAAUCUGUCUGGGUUUAAUGAAUAACCAGAAUAUUUCAAUUAUGAGACCUUUUAUUACCUUGUGACCUUAUGUGAGACCGAACCUUUUGUUAACUCGUAAUCCUUAUUCAACAUGUUUAAAA